AAUAGUGAACAUGGCUGUAGCUCAAACCAAAGAAGAUAUCAAAUUCAGAAAUGAUAUUAAACAGAUUUGUACCGAACUACUGAACGAGGAUUUCAUCGAUAAGGUAUGCACUAAUUUUGCAGAGAAAUAUGAUAGCAAAAUAGUCAAAAAACUUGACCUUAUCAGCGAAUCGUUCGAGAAACUCAAUGAGACCGUGAAUUCCAAUACGAAAUAUAUCAAGAAUAUUGAAGGAAGAAUAGCCAUUAUGGAUCAAUAUGCCAAAAGAAAUACACUACGCAUCUAUGGGGUUGAGGAAGUUGCUAACGAGGUUGUCCUGAAAACUGUUGCGACAUUUAUUAAAAGCAAACUCAACAUCGCAUGCAGUAGUGCAGAUAUCGACUGUGCAUUCCGUGUAGGAAAAGAUGAAAAAGACUCCACUAAGGUGCGUCCUAUACUUGUAAACUUUGUUAACAACUGGAAGCGUACAGAAAUAUUUCGUGCUAAAAAACUCUUAAAGGGCAGUGAAUUUUCUAUCUAUGAAGAUCUCACGAAGAAAAAUUAUGAGCUACUUAUUGCUGCUAAGAAAAAGUAUGGAAAUAGCCAAGUAUGGUCUGCUGGAGGAAAAAUUCGGGUUCUGCAUAAUACCAAGACUGUAACAUUAAAUGAUAUGAACGACCUUUUGUAAAUCAUGUAACCCAUUUAUUUGAAACUAUUGCAAAUAACAUAUUUGAUUUCUAUAUCUCUUGUUUUUCACACACAAUCA